AAAAAAAUUAAUCGUGGUGAGAGGUCCAUUCAGGCAACGACUUUGCAAAAUGUCUGCACAAGGUGUUGAAAGCUACUUUAUCUUCAUUAAGAACCGAGUAAGUGCAGACUGGAAGGACCUGGCUUGGUGUCUUGGGUUUAGAAGACCAGACAUAGACAACAUUGACACCAAACACCGGGAUGACAAGUCCCGAUGUAUGGACCUGUUGCAGGAAUGGCACAAGCUGAAAGGAAACGCUGCCACCAUACAUGUGCUGAUGGAGGCCCUACAAGAUGCAGAACUACAACAUGUGGUGGACAGUCUGAAGGACAAAUAUAAUGAGUUAAAAGAAGAGCAAAGCUCAUCAGCAAGUGGCCCAUUCCCAAUGAUGGAGGCAUCUAAAGUUCCAAUACAGGGACAAGUGCAAACAGCCAGAGGGGAGACAGAUCAAGUCCUGGUUCUUAGUCUGACAGGGGAGAUAACCAGGCUGACACAAGAGAAGGAGAAAGCACAAAAGCAACAAAAGUUGGAAAUCCAGCAGUUACAGGAGUACGGCAAGGCCACAGAAGCUGAAAUUGAAGUACUGACAGCUGAAAUCACAAAACUGUGCAACCAAGUGGCAGAUAUUCCUGAGCUUCGAGAUGAAGUGAGAAAGUUAAGAGAGAAAGAUGAAACAUCACAAAAUGUACUAUCAGAACUGAGGCAAGAGAUGCAGCAGUUGAAGGACAUUAUCAAAACAAGGAAUGAGGCCAUAGAAGAGAAGGACCGGGCUCUAAGAGAGAAGGACCGGGCUCUAAGAGAGAAGGACAUGGCUCUAAGAGAGAAGGACAGGGCUCUAAGAGAGAAGUGAUAGGGCUCUAGAAGAGAAGGACUGGGCCCUGAGCCAGGCUCAAGAGAAGGCUCAGAAGCCCAUACAAUUGCAAGAUAUGAAAGAUGCCCUGGUGAAGGUUGAAGAAGAGACCCUGCAGCAAGAGAAGCAGGUCAAGAAAGAGGAGAGGAAGGAGGAGGAGGAGGAGGAGACUGCAUCAAAGCAGAAGGUCAAAGCAUCUAGUAAAACUAGAAAAAGAGAAGUCUUGAGUAGGGGUCCCUCUCUUCCUAACAGUUUUCCAGGCUGCACCUGAGGCAACUACUUAGUAAUAACAGGUCACCUGAACAUGAGUUAGCACCAAAACUGGCAUUCUCUCCAGACCCUAUAUAAUGCUCUUGCCUCAACAUUGUGUUUUUUUAAAUUGAUAAACACGUCUUGAGUUUUUCUAACGGAUAGAAUUUGAGAUACAUUACAUUGAACGCAACAGGAAAUGGCUUUAUUACCUUAAAGGGGCACACCAGUUUAUGGAGGUACACCGAAGCUGCAAACCACAGGUCUAGCAACCAUAUCUUCCAUCACACUUAUGUCACAGACUGUUAGUAUUUUAUACCGGUAUCCUGUAUUUGACUAUACUGCUGCAAGGGACUACAUAUUUAUCAAAUAAAAUGACUGUGUCUCAUAAUAAUAUUUCUAACUUGAAUUAAACACAAAACUACAGUAUGAAAUAAAGCCCCUGCGUGUGACAGAGGUGCUUUGUAUGACUGUUACAGUGUUAAUUCUCUUCUAUUAGUAUCUAUAAAAAAUUAUCAUGAACUCUCAACCCCUUUUUGCAUUUUGUUGAAUGUUCUCUUUAAAAGUCUGAAUGACAGUGAAUGACAUUGCCCCUGCAUGAAAGAAGAAAAGCUGCUAAAGGCCCACGACCAUCCAACCGUAAACCACAUACUUUAUAUCCAUGUAAAUUUUAAACAUUCCAGUUGUACCUAAUGGCAGGCCAUGAAGUUGUUUAUGUUCCGCCCAGCAGGGGCAGAUUAGUGCUCCUCCCAAGUGUCUUUGUAACUGCAUAUGAAUGGCCGGGACAGCCGCGACAGGGA